AUGGACGAAGACAAGCUGUCCGAGGUCGUGGAUAAACAGGAUCUGGCGUUGGCCACGCCGGAUCCAGUCCAGAAUGGCGAUGACAAGGCUUCCGCCGGCCUGUCCUUUCGCGCCGUCAACCCCGUCCAUGUCCAGGUCAGGAACUUGACCGUGCAGAUCGACACCACGCCGCCGUGGUGGCAGGCCUCUCCGGUGCAGAUAUGGAAUCGUCUCCGGGGACGAAAAGAGCCGGAGGACCAGGCCUUCAAGACCAUCUUGGACGGCGUCAGCGCCAGCAUGCGCCCCGGCACUCUGACAGCGAUCAUUGGAAGCAGCGGUUCGGGCAAGACCUCGUUGCUGAACAUGAUGGCCGGCAGGAUGGAAUCUGCCAGACUGAAGGUCUCCGGUUCCACCACCUUCAACGGCGAUCCCAACAUGUCGCAUGUCCGCAGCGCCUAUGUCAUGCAGCAGGACGUCCUCAUCCCGACCCUGACAGUGAGGGAAACCCUGCAAUAUUCGGCCGAUCUGCGUCUGCCCCCGCCCAUGACCCGCGCUGAACGCCGGGCCAUCGUCGAGCAGGUCAUCAUGGAACUGGGACUGAAAGAAUGCGCCGACACGCGAAUCGGGAGCAGUGCCCACAAGGGCUGCAGCGGUGGGGAGAAGAGACGCACCAGCAUCGGCGUGCAGAUGUUGGCUAAUCCGUCCGUCUUAUUUUGUGAUGAACCGACGACAGGAUUGGAUGCCACGAGUGCCUAUCAGAUUAUCAGAACCUUGAAAGGACUUGCUCAGAAGGGUCGCACUGUAAUUGUGUCGAUCCACGCGCCUCGCUCCGAGAUCUGGAAUCUCUUCGACAACGUCAUUCUGCUGUCGCGCGGAUCGGCUCUCUACAGCGGACCGGUGUCGGAGUCGUUGCCCUAUUUUGAACAGUGCGGCUACGUGCUGCCGCCCUUUGUCAAUCCCGCCGAAUUCUUGAUCGAUCUGGCCGCCAUCGACAACCGUUCGGUGGACCUCGAGAACGCGUCUCUCGCCCGGGUCGACUUCCUGAAGCAAUCCUGGAAGGCCCGGUCGGAGGAAGCGCUAGGUGACGAGGAAAAGACGCAGAACACCGCCGACACAAGCGAAAAUCGUCAGAAUACGGAUGAGACGGUGUUGAAGAAGGUUCCUUUCAGUCGAGAAUUCCAGGUCCUGACGUCGCGAACUUUCAAAACGACCCUCCGUGACCCCAUGGGCGUUGCAGGCAGUCUUCUCGAGGCCAUUGGCAUGGCUGUUAUCAACGGAUGGAUCUUCCUGCAGCUCGAUAAGAGUUUGGCAGGAAUCCGCUCUCGUGAAGGAAGCCUGUACACCGCAAGCAGUCUCAACGGCUACCUGGUUCUUACCUACGAAACCUUCCGUCUGACCAUCGACAUCCAGCUGUUCGAUCGGGAGCGAUCAGAGGGCGUGGUCAGUGUUCCCGGCUUCCUCCUCAGCCGGCGAGCCGCUCGCCUGCUGCUGGAGGAUCUCCCCGUUCCGAUCCUCUUUGCGGUGAUUUUCUAUUUCAUGGUGGGCUUUCGACUGGAAGCCUCCACGUUCUUCGUCUUCUUGGGCCUGAAUCUGCUGACGCACUACAUCGCCGUCACGUUUGCCGCGGUGGGAGUCGGGGUCUCGAGAAGCUUCCCGGGAGCCGGUCUUGUCGCCAAUCUGUCCUUCACCCUCCAAAGCUUUGCCUGCGGCUACUUUGUCCAGACGAAUCAGAUCCCCGUCUACGUCAGGUGGCUGAAAUGGACGGCUUACACGUUUUACAUCUUCGGUGCUCUCUGUGCGAACGAAUUCAUCGGCGUUAAUGGCCCGCCAUAUGGGCAGUUCUACGACUGUCCGUAUUCGACGAACCCAUUGGACCCGGCAUGCAAGGAGUACACGGGCAUCUUUAUCAUGGAAAGUCUCGGCUUCCCGUCGAACUGGAUAUGGAGGCCAUGCGUCAUCCUGGUUGGCUAUGUCAUUGGGUUCUAUUUGCUGGCAGGCCUCCUGUUGCAGUAUAACCGGUUUGCCAUGGGGAUUGCGCAGGCUCGCAAGUCGGAGGGCGAUGUCAAGGCCGGACGUCCGCCGAGUGACCAUCUCUCUCGACAACUAUGCCCUGGAGAUCAAGAAAAGGGCUCUGCCAGGGCGGCCAUCUCGCACGAUUCCGAUCUUGAGACCGAUCACCACACAGUUCCACCCGGGAGAGCUGAACGUGAUCAUGGGUCCUUCGGGGUGCGGCAAGACGUCGCUUCUGAACUCGAUCGCCCGGAGGCUGCACGGAUCAGCGAGCACCCAGUACCGACUCAGCGGGACCAUGACGUACAACGGGGCCAUUCCGUCGGAAAGCGUCAUUCGAUCGGUCACGUCGUUCGUCACGCAGGACGACGAUGCGCUGAUGCCGUCGCUGACGGUGCGCGAGAGCCUGCGAUUCGCGGCGGGACUGCGGCUUCCGAGGUGGAUGUCGCAGGAGGAGAAGAAUCGACGGGCGGAGGAAAUCCUGCUGAAGAUGGGUCUCAAGGAUUGCGCGGACAACCUGAUCGGAAGCGACCUGAUCAAAGGCAUCAGCGGCGGCGAGAAGCGGCGGGUCACCAUCGCAAUCCAGAUCUUGACGGACCCCAAGAUCCUGCUCCUGGACGAGCCGACUUCGGGUCUGGAUGCGUUUACGGCGACGUCGAUUAUGGAUGUUCUGAAGGGACUGGCUGCGGAGGGCCGGACGCUGAUCAUGACGAUCCAUCAGUCACGGUCCGACAUCUUCCAUCAUUUUUCGAACCUGCUGCUGCUUGCCCGGGGAGGCUAUCCGGUGUAUGCGGGGAAGGGGGCGGACAUGAUCAAGUACUUUGGGUCGUUGGGAUACGAGUGCCCGAGGCAGACGAAUCCGGCGGAUUUUGCCCUGGACCUGAUCACGGUCGAUCUCCAGCAGGCAGAUCGGGAGGCGGUAACGCGGAAGAAGGUGCAGCAUCUGAUCUCCAGUUGGGAAAAGGUGCCGAUGGAGCUGAGUCGGCAGACGUCCCACAUCGCGACGCCGGCGGAGCUGGGGAGUCUGAAGAAGCAGAUGCACCCGUUCCGGGUGACGUUUCCGCUGGUGCUGCACCGGUCCGCGAUCAAUUUCUUCCGGCAGCCGCCGCUGAUCAUGGCGCGGACGUCGCAGAUCAUUGGGAUAUCGAUCAUCAUGGCGCUGUUUUUUGCGCCGCUCAAGAACGACUAUCCUGCGGUGCAGUCGCGGAUGGGGUUCAUCCAAGAAUUCGCGGCCCUCUACUUUAUUGGCAUGCUUCAAAACAUUGCCGUUUAUCCUCCCGAGCGGGAUGUGUUCUACCGGGAAGAGGCCGACAACUGCUAUUCGGCGGAGACGUUCAUCCUGCAGUACACGACACUCGAAGUACCGUUCGAGAUCGCGUCGUCGCUCGUGUUUGGGGUGAUAGCGGCGUACGCGGUGAACAUGGAGCGGACGCCGCUGAUGCUGUUCGUCAGCGCGUUCAACUGCUUCUGCAUCAUCAACAGCGGCGAGUCGGUAGGGAUCAUGUUCUGCACGCUCUUCGACCACGUGGGGUUUUCGGUGAACGUGACGUCGGUGCUGCUGUCCAUCUCGACGAUCCUGGGCGGCAUCAUGAGCCUGAACGUGAACGGCGUGCUGCAGGCGCUGAACCACCUGUCGCCCAUCAAGUACUCGGUCGCCAACCUGGCGCCGUACUCGAUGCGCAACCAGCACUUCACGUGCACGGCGGCGGAGCGGCUGCCGGACGGGCACUGCCCGAUCGAGACGGGGCAGCAGGUGCUGCAGCUGUACAAUCUGGACAAGAACGCGGCGCUGAACGUGCUGGCGCUGGGGGUUACGACGGUCGCGUAUCGGCUGGUGGCGUAUGGGCUGGUCAAAGCGGUGCGCUGUCACGGCGUCUGGGAUCGCGUCAAGACUUUGCGCCGAUGGCUGAGGCGAUAAAUAAAUAG